UAGUUAGACCAUUCUCUCUCACGUACACACACAGAGUGACAGACAGAAGCGAGAAAGAGUGAGAGAUGGCGACGGCGUCGUUUAGGUGGUUACUACAGCUACACAAGGACGUACCCAAAGCUGCUCGGUUCUACACAGAGGGGUUGGAUUUCACCGUCAAUGUUUGCACUCUCCGAUGGGCGGAGCUCCAAUCCGGCCCUCUCAAACUCGGCCUUAUGCAAUCCAACAAUGACCAUGCCAUGCAGAAUGGAUACUCUUCACUUCUAUCAUUCACAGUGACUGACAUUAACAGUACAGUGACAAAAUUGAUGGCAUUAGGAGCUGAACUAGAUGGUCCCAUCAAAUAUGAGAUCCAUGGAAAGGUUGCAGCCAUGCGAGGUCUUGAUGGCCACGUGUUAGGCCUCUAUGAACCGGUUUAAGUGCCUUAAGAAAUGAGUUACUUCUGAUUCUAGCAAACGAAGUAGGCAGUGCAGAGCUUUACUGUGGCAUCUUGAUCUCUUUUGAUGACAUGGUGAAGACAUGAGAAGCUUCUCCUUCCUUUGGAUUCCCUUCAAUAAUGGAUAGUGUUUGUUCAUCCAGAUCUAUUACAGCCGUACAUAGUGUAUAGAGUGUUGGACCUGAGAAUAUGGCAUAUAGGAUAAUCAAGAGAGUAUUUAGACAAGGUAUUCGAAUAUUCUUCAGAUUACCUGUCAUGUAGAUGGGGUAUUUUGUGUCAUCGAUAUCUCCCAGAAGUGACAGGAAUUCGUUUCUUGAUCCUUUGGGUAGCAGAGCUGCUCUUUUUUGCCUGCUUAUGGAGUUCUCAUCUUGUACCUUUACAAUUACACAUGAUUCAAAAUUUCAAAUGAAGUUAACUAACUUGAUAAAUUAAA